AUGGGAACGAAAACAUUACCACUUUUGUUUACCGAUAAAGCAAAACCAAUUAAAACAUAUCAUACAUGUGAAUUACAACAAUUAUAUCUUAUUGCUAGGCAUGGUACUCGGUAUCCUACUGAUACUGAUAUUAACUCUUUUAAUGAAUUAGAAAAAAUCUUUCAAAAUGUUCCAUACGCAAAAGACUGGUAUAAAAAUCCAUUCCCGUUAAGGAAGCAAGGAUUAAUAACUUAUAGAGGUGAAAAGGAACACUAUUUAAUGGGAAAAAGAUCACGCAAACGUUAUCAAAAAUUUUGGAAUAAAAAUUUACCUUACGAUCCAAAUGUUAUUUCAUUUCAGAGUACAUCCGUUGCUAGAACUGGUAUGUCCGGGUUUGCUUAUUCUCUUGGUUUAUUAAAUGGGGAAGGAAUUUUAGGAAAAGAUGAAUCUCAAUCUGUUUACAUUUCUUCUACUCCAAAAGCCCAAGACGAAGAAUUAUUGAUGCAUACUUCAUGUCCACGUUGGUUGGAAACAGUUGAAAAAAAUAAUGUCCUUCUUGAAAAUGAAAAGGCCGAAUUUUCCGCCAAAUAUUUAUCCAAAAUCGCUACUCGUAUAUCAGAAUCAUUUCAUAUUACACCAGAACUUACACCUAAACAAGCAGAAGCCAUUUAUAAAGCAUGUGCAUUUGCUAUAUCAUAUUAUGAUGAAACAAGCACUUGGUGUUCUUUACUUAACCAAAAUGAAAUAUUAGAGAUAGAAUAUUAUGGUGACGUGUUAGAUUAUCAUUUAUACUCUUAUGGUAAUGAAUUGAAUGAAAAAUUAGGUUGUAGAUUAAUCAGUAAUAUCAUUAGUAAUAUUGAUAAAUACUUGAUCGGUAAUUCGACUUUAAAAGCUGAUUUGAAAUUUGGUCAUAGUGAAUCUCUUCAAUUCUUAACAACAAUCAUGGGAUUGUAUGAGGAUGAAGUUCCAUUGACAGUUAAUUCACUUCCUGAAAAUAUGUAUAAAAGAAAAUUUAGAACUUCGGCUAUCUUUUAUUUUUCAUCAAGUGUGUAUUUUGAAAUUUAUACAUGCGUUGAAAAAGGCGUUCAUACCUCAACUUAUAUUCAUGCAUUAGUUAAUGAAAAAUCUGUUACUAUACCUGGAUGUGGUUCAAAUUACUGUGAAUGGAAUAAAUUUAAAGAAUUAAUAGCAUCUAAACUUUUAGGCAUUUCAGCUAGUGCACUUUGGCGUUGGAAUAGGAAGAGCAAAAUACAAUCUUCUAGACUUCCUUAG